AGAAAAAUUGUUAGAACUAUUUCAAACAUCUUGAAACAUUGUAGAGUUUGUGUGCAAUAAAGUAUCGAAGAAAUUAUUCCUUUUAAGCGCGAAUUCUCUAUUUCUUUGUUCGAUUGAAAUUAGGAUAUCGUUCUUCCGAUGUUACAAUUCGGUUCAAUUGGAUUUUGGGUGGGCAGUGCAGGCUUGGAUCCGCGGCAUUCUCACCAGAAAUCAUCUUCGAUUGCUGCACGAGAGCGCUAUCAUCAUUCAACGUCAUUGGCGGGGCUAUUGUGCAAGGAUCAUUUUCGAGCAAUGCAUGAUUCAAAGCGUUCAUCAAAUGUGGCAGGAAUAUUACGACAAGAUGGCGAUCAAGAUUCAAGCGUUUUGGCGCGGUUAUUGGCUGAGGAAAACUGUGCUCGACAUUAAAAAGAUGCAUUGUUGGUUGAACGAAGUGUACGAAAAGAACGAGGAAACUGUGAACAACAUGAAGAGAUUCAGGAACAAGGAGAUCGAAUACGUUCAAAAAAUAAUGGAAGAGGAGUCUAUGCAGUGGAUACUUUUCAUUCUGUUCAAGCUUCACCAUUUGUUGAGAACCACGUGUCGGCCAGGAGUGAUCACAAAAAUUGACAAUGCCAAGUUCACUUUUAUCGAGGCGAUGCUGAAAUGCUUGCAGUACAAACAUUAUAUACGCAAUAAAAAAUUAAAACCAAAGGAGAAGAAGUGUCAGAAGUGUCAAAUCGAUGAGAAACCAUCGUUGAUUCUACGCGGCACCUAUUACGAGAAAUGCGAGAAAGAGAUUCGUGAAAUCCAGAAAAGGCUGGAGGCGGAAGCGAUGCCGCUGUACAGAAGUAAUAGAUUGAAAGGAGAUAUUAAAUUUCGUUCGAUAUUGCAUUGGCCGUGUGAUAAAUUUAGGCGAGCCUUACGAUGAACAUGAGAAGAGUAUGCGAAAAGUGAACCAUAUGCGCAUACUAACCGCUUUGGAGGAAACGUACGACUCGAAUGUGAAAAAGAGGGAGGAACAGAAGACAACGUGUUCCUUGAGAAAAGAAUUCGAGCAGGGGGCUUGUUACGUCAAUGAGGACUCGCUUCUUGAGAAAAUCGAGAAAAUGGAUUGUCACUUGAACCGGUUACACUUGAAAUGCCCCGUUCACGAUUCUUCGACAUAAUUGUGUUCUUAUAAAUACUUUCAAUCAAUACGAUGUAUUCGAUGAAAUAUGUCAAAUCUCGAAGAACAAAUGGAAUUAAAAUUAAAAAUCAAGCGUUCGAUGCUUUUACGAUUCAGAUUUACGCGCAAUCGUUAUUUAUUCACGAUCUUGAAUUAUUUUCAAUAUUGUUAGCUAAUUUUUUUCAGAUGAUUAUGAUAUUACGAUUAUCGUUCAUGCCAAUGGAUCGCUCGAUGCUGAAGAAUUAAAAAAUCGAAAUCAGUCCGAUAACCAACAAUCUUGUUAACAUUGUAUGAAACGUAUAUGAUCGAUGUUUUUGAUCUAAGAAUAUUCUCUAUUUUCCAAACAAUUCAUCCCUUGAUUGUAAUCUUAAACUUGUCCAUUCAAAAUCAGCAAAAGGAAAUAAAGAGAAACGAAAGAAAGGAUUAUUGAAAACAGUGAAUUUUAUUAAAGUAAAUAACCUGCUAUAAAACUACAUUUAUUCUAAAUGAAAGAAAGCGACAAAGUACAUUUUUCGAGUUAAGCCUUGCAGACGAGAGGAACGGUCAAUUCCUCGGUGGUGGAAACAGGUUUCUGGCUGAGGUCAGGAUUGGCGCCCUUCUCGAUUCUCUUCUUCAGCUUCA